AUGGUCCCAAAUGAAACUCCUCAAUAUAUGGGGAUUAUCCGCUUGCUUCUCCAUUUUGGGUGGACCUGGGUUGGCCUCUUUGCCGUAGAUGAUGAUAGUGGAGAACAUUUCUUGCAGGCCCUGGAAACACUGUUUAUCAAGAACAAAAUUUGUUUGGACUUCACAGAAAAAUUCCCAAGUCAGUGCAGAUGGGAUACUCUAAUUGAUGGGAAUGAUUUAAUCGCAAAAGUACAUCGGCCUUUCACCCAGAGCAAAGCCAAUAUUAUUAUCGUCAGUGGAGGAUCUCUGACUAUGCUAACAAUAAAAACGGCGAUAUUUUUAGGAAAUCAUGAAGAAAAUCUAUUACACACAAAGGUGUGGAUUAUGACAGCCCAAAUUGAUUUUAUGCAGUCCAGCAUUCUGAAGGGCUCGAGUUUGGACCUUUUCCAAGGUGCCAUCUCAUUCACAAUUUGCACCGACGAACUUCUUGGGUUCCAGAAGUUCCUUCAGACCAUCAACCCUUAUUGGUCACAAGGCAGUGAUUUUCUCAAGGUGUUCUGGGAGCAAGCAUUUGCCUGUGAGUUUCCACAUUCUGAGACGUCAAUAGAGAUCAUAGAAAGAUGUACUGGGGAGGAGAGACUGGGGAGUCUUCCUGCGGAGAUUUUUGAAAUGUCCAUGUUGGGUCACAGCUAUAGCAUCUAUAAUGCUGUCUAUGCUGUAGCACAUGCUUUACAUGCCAUGUACUCACCUAGAUCCAUCCACCGACCAAAAGUAGGAGGCAAAAGAGCCGCAUAUCCAGCCAGCCAGUCUUGGAAGCUCCACUCGCUUCUUCAAGGCAUUUCCUUUAACAAUUCAGCUGGAGAAACAAUGUCUUUUAACAAGAACAAGGAAGCGGGAACGGGAUUUGACAUCAUGAACACGGUCGUCUUCCCAAACCAGUCAUUCCUUCGAGUGAAAGUUGGAAGGGUGGAUGUGGAUCCUCUUGAUGGAAAAGGAUUCAUCAUCCAUGAGGAUAUGACUGUGUGGCAUAGGUAUCUUAAUCAGGUGGUGCCCAUUUCUGUGUGCAAUGCUCCCUGCCGCCCUAGCUAUCACAAGAAAAAGAAGGAAGGGGCGAAGUUUUGCUGUUACGAUUGUUCUCUAUGCCCAGAAGGGAGGUUUUCCAGCCACGAAGACAUGGAUGACUGCUUAACAUGCCUAGAAGACCAGCAUCCAAGCAAGGACCAAGAUGGAUGCAUCCCGAAAACUGCCAUCUUCUUGUCUUAUGGAGAACCUCUAGGAAUCAGUCUGCUUUCACUUUCUCUUUUGUAUUCCCUGAUCACAGCCUCUGUCCUUGGAAUAUGCAUUAAACACAGAGAUACCCCCAUUGUGAAAGCCAACAACAGGGAUAUCACUUACACUCUGCUCAUCUCCCUCCUGUUCUGCUUCCUCUGCUCUUUGCUGUUCCUUGGAGAACCAAGCAAGGUGACCUGCCUCCUUCGACAAUCUGUAUUUGGCAUAACCUUCUCAGUGGCUGUGUCUUGCGUGUUGGCCAAAACCAUCACUGUGGUUGUAGCUUUCAUGGCCAACAAACCAGGAUCCAGCAUGAGGAAGUGGGUGGGGAGAAGACUGACUAGCUUCGUCGUUAUCUCUUGCUCCGUCCUUCAGGCGAGCAUUUGUUUUGUGUGGCUGGCAACCUCUCCCCCUUUCCCGGAAGUUGACACUCAGUCCCUGACUGCAGAGAUCAUCCUGCAAUGUAAUGAAGGAUCUGCCGUCAUGUUUUACAUUGUUCUGGGCUACAUGGGACUUCUGUCCCUCAUCAGCUUGCUCGUGGCCUCCGUUGCCCGGAAGUUACCGGAUAGUUUUAACGAAGCCAAAUCGAUCACCUUCAGUAUGCUGAUCUUUUGCAGCGUUUGGUUGUGUUUUGUCCCAACUUACCUGAGCACUAAAGGGAAAUACAUGGUAGCUGUGGAGAUCUUCUCCAUAAUGGUAUCCUGUGGUGGAUUACUGGCUUGUAUCUUUUUCCCCAAGUGCUACAUUAUUGUGCUGAGGCCUGAACUCAAUAGAAAGGAUCACAUCAUGAGAAAAAGUUAA